AUGAAGCGGACAGCAACCAGCAGCAGUAGCAGCAGCAUCGCCAGCUGCGGUGACAAUGUGGGCCCUCCCCAGAAAAUUCAGUGCGUCAGCAGCAACACCAGCAGUAGCACGAGCAGCAGCGCGAGCCUGCAGCCGUCUUAUGUGGAGAGGAGCUGCCCCCCUGCUGCUAUUGCGAAUGUGCCUCUUCACGGAGCUGCGAGCGCCGCAGCUGCUCCAGCAGCAGCAGGUGCAGCAGGCGCUGCAGCAGGGCCAGUGGCAUCUUCGGUGGGAGCAGGCGGCGCAGUUGCUCCGCCUCGAGGCAGCAGCAGCAACAGCAAAGUCAAGGGCGUCGGGCCCAAGGGAGGCAAGCAACUCAACCCAGCCCGUUUCACUGACAGCUAUGCUCUUCAGUUUCCCAACGCGCUGUCGGCGAAGGCCAUUGUGUGGGCUCGAGAUCCCGUUUCCCAGCACUGGAGGCCCUGCAAGAUAGUACAUGCCAGGCCCAACGCAGAACGCCGUGCAGCGGCAGCAGCAGCAGGGAUACCCUCAACGCUGGGUGCAGCAGCAAGAAGGAAAGGCCCAUUCGGGCCUCGGGGUACACCGGCAGCAGUGUUUGCCGCUGCUGCAUCUGAGCAGCAGCUUUCCGCAGGUGAAAGCAGUACAGCAGCCGAUGCAGCAGCAGCAAGCAGCAGCAGCAGCAGCUGGUUCGAGGGCAGCGCCUUUGUUGAAGCAGCAGCUACCCUCAAGCCUAGUGACUAUGACUACUACGUGCACUUUUUAGGCCUCGACAGAAGGCUGGACUGCUGGCGGUGCUGGUCUGAGUUGAGAGAGACUCGCGAGGAGCUGCCACCCGAGGGCCCCGUGGCAGAAAAGGGAGAAACAGAUGAUGAAGAUGAGCAUGCAGGUCUCGACGAGGAGUAUCUGCGUGAGCACGAAGAAGCAACCAAGCUGAAAACUGUGGAGAGGAUUUCUAUUGGGUCUCAUUUGGUCGACUGCUGGUACUUUUCUCCGUACCCGGCGGAAGUACAAGACGUGCCUGUGCUGUUCAUAUGUGAAUUCUGUCUAUCUUUCUUUGUGCACGAGAGCGAGAUGCAACGCCACGCGUUGUGCUGCGAAUGCAGGCACCCACCGGGGAAUGAAAUUUACAGAGACGACAGAGUGUCUAUGUUUGAGGUGGACGGGACUCAUUGUCGGGUUUACUGCGAGAAUUUAUGUUUUUUGUCGAAGUUGUUUUUAGACCACAAAACGCUAAGGCACCCUGUGAAUUUGUUCGUAUUUUACGUUAUGACGGAGUACGACAGCAAAGGACACCACAUCACAGGAUACUUUUCCAAAGAAAAGCACUCAAAGAAUAACCUCUCGUGUCUUCUCACGCUGCCGCAGCGAGAAAGAAGGGCGGGGGGUCCCGAGAGGCCUCUCUCGGAUUUAGGGCGGGCUACGUAUUUCGCUUAUUGGACGGAGCAGCUGCUGGCACUGCUGAAGCCACCUCGAAAUAGAGUGUCACUGCAGGAGCUAUCCGAGGCUACUUCAAUAGAGUUUCAAGACGUGCUGGCUUGUCUGGAGAAGCAAGGGGUGCUGCAAAUAAAAGGGGACUGCUGCUUCUUGCUGCUGCCUCCAGAAAAGGCGGAGGCGCUAAGGCGCUCCAUUGGGAGGCCUUCGAGACAGGUCGUGCAGGAGGCCCUGCACUGGGUGCCCUACGACUACUACUUGGCGCCCUUGGAAGCCACGCCGCAGCCCUAA